GUAUUCUUUCUCCACUUUAACGAUGCGAAUAUUUCAUAAAGAAUCAAUUCACUUCAGAAAUAUCGCUCGUUCAUUGCAAAUGCACAUUUUGAAAGCAGCAUUUUUAACUAUGGUUAGCGCAGUGUCAAUCUCCUAGAAGAACUUCUGUUGAAAUACAUUAUGAAAAUGAUGCGUUAUUUUUUAUAAAAUACAAAAAACGUUUCCAUGAAAAUUGGCGGUGUUAUUUAGCUGCAACAAAACGAAAAUCGGGGAAGAAAAUAAACGUCGCACAAAAUGUCUGUCUUCAAAUUCACUAUCGCGCUGUAUGAAUUGACUGUACUCAGACCUCGGUUGAGUUAACCAGUUUGCAGGCAUAAUUUUUGAAAUUGGUUAGGGAAUGACUUUUCUUUUUAUGCACCCUUUGAUGUGAAAUUUUAUGCGUCUUUCCAAAGCAGCGUCAAGUUCUUUUAACUGUGCCAUUUUAACUUGAUCUAAUCAAGUCGGGUAGAUUGUUCACAUACUUACAGCAAAAAUCGGAGAGGAAGUGGCGGAAAUUUAAUUUCAGGGGUUCCAGAGCCUAGUGCUGGCAUCAUAUUGCUAAGUGGGUCUUUUAGAGCCCCCAAUUUAAAGUGAUCGGAGCCGGGGAUUAAAUCAGCCGUUUCAAAUUUGACCCAUAAACGCAGAUAAGAUACAUUAAUUUUCAUCUUCCAACCUGAGACUGACUAACAGUGCCAAAAAGCAAAUCCUCAGAAUUAAAUUACCCCAACUGCGAUCGACAAAGGUCAUCCAAUAACAAAUUGACAAUCUUGAAUAUUUAGGCCAAGUCGACGACGACGCAGUCAAGCUAGAUACAUCCUAGACUUGAUCCUAAAAAAUGAGCAAUUCCAGGAAUUCCAACCAGUCGACUUCCAGUUCGAGAAAGCAGACGGAUACUCAGAAAUUCCACAGCUCCGAUGUAUCAUCACCUUCUUCGUCAUCAUCUUCAUCACAUGGAUUCUCAGGCAGUGCAAGAAUGACCACUCCUAUCAUUGUAGAAGACAGGGUGAAACCAGAAACUCGAAGGCCUGUGAGGAUGGAACUUUGCUCAACUUUCGAUUCGGAGGAGAUUAAGCGCCUUGGCAAGCGGUUCCAGAAGUUGGAUCUAGACAACUCCGGCACCCUCUCUCUGGACGAGUUCAUGUCUCUGCCUGAGUUGAGGCAGAACCCACUGGUUCAGAGAGUGCUCGACAUAUUCGACAGUGACGAGAGUGGCGAAAUCGACUUCAAAGAAUUCAUCCAAGGCAUGUCUCAAUUCAGUGUCAAAGGAGACAAGACAUCCAAACUUAAAUUUGCAUUCAAGAUCUACGACAUAGACAAGGACGGGUUUAUCUCCAAUGGGGAAUUGUUCCAGGUUCUCAAGAUAAUGGUGGGCAGUAAUCUGAAUGAUGUGCAGCUGCAGCAAAUAGUAGACAAAACCAUCUUCUUCGCCGACCAGGACGGAGACGGAAAAAUCAACUUCGACGAAUUCUGCGCUGUCGUGGGAUCUCUAGACGUUCACAAAAAGAUGGUUAUUGACGUCUAAAUGUCAAAAUAAUCUACCACCAACUUAUAUUAGUGAAUAAAUUAUCUAUGUAACUUUCUUCAAAUUAUUAUAGAUUACUGUAGACUUGUACUUCUUUGUAGUAUAUAUAAUGUGUAAAUGCAAUUUCCAAUUAAAUAUCCUAUUUAAACUUAAAAUUUAAUUACAUUAAUUUCA